CCGGGGCUCCGCGGGCCGAGGAGUGCUAGGUUGCGAGCACACCGAGAGCCGGGGUCGGACGGUCCGGGGAUGCCGCAGGGGGAGGGCGCUCACGGCGCGCAGGGCGGGGCCUCGGAGCCGGUGCCGCCGAGGGGCGGGGCUCCAGAAUCGGGGGCGGAACCACGGCUGCCGGGGGGCGGGGCCUGGGCGUUGGGGGAGGAGCUGGAGCCGGGGGAGGGCGGGGCCUCGAGUGCGGAGGCCGCGGGGGGCGGGCCCCGGGGGCGAGGGGCGGAGCUCCCGGCGCUGAGGGGCGGGGCUGCCGUUCGGGAAGCGGAGCCCAGUGCCGCCGGGGGCGGGGCUUCGGGCCCGGAACCACGCCCUCCGGAGGGCGGGGCCAAGGAGCCCGGCGCCGAGUCCGGCCCAGGUAGUGGCCCGGGGCGUCCUCGCGGGGGCGGCCUCCGUGGAGGGCGGGCCUGGGGCCGCGGGCGGCCUCGAACUCCCCCGGGGGAGGUGGUGUGGGUGGAGCGGGCGAAGCGGGCCCCGGAUACGGGGCCCAUCUGGGUGCCCCGGAGGCCCCCGAGAGCCCAGAGCUGGGGCGGUGCCCCGGGCGGAGGCGCAGGGUCGGCCUGGGGGCUACCCCCGGAGGACCGGGACUCCCCGGAACCACCCAGCGGCGACGUGUGGGUGCCCCGGGGCCGGCCCCCCGCAGAGGUGUGGGUGUGCUGGGCGGGGGGCAAUUGGGUGUGGCGCGAGUGGGGCCGCCCGGUGGAGGCGGCCUCGGUGCAGGCAGACAGAGUGUGGACGCUGCAGAAAGGGGCGGGCGGGAACUGA